CCACGACAACUGAACUAGCUGUCGCGCUAAGUCCUCCGACAUAGAUCGGUUCUUAGACGAACUUGAACCCUUCGCUAAAAUCCCUGUUGUUGCAAUUUCCUCUGUCUUGCUUUCUUCUCGCUUACGUCGCCAGCAUACAGAACCCUCUCUGUUGGUCGAGGCGCAAAAUGAUCGGAUUGACUGACAACGGAGGUAGUGCAGGCUAUAACUCACCAUGUCCCCUUCCCUAUUGACAAGCACAUACCGUCUUCGUGGGUUGAAUUAACUGUCCCAUCGUGGUCCUUUCUUUUCCCACGCCGAUACUAAGGUUCCCAAGCACCAUGCGUGUCUCAAAAGCACUCUUUGCAGCGAUGCCUCUGCUCGCGACGGUCACAGGCUCGGCAAUACCAUCUCUGGAGACGCGCCAAACGGGAUGGCCAGCUUGUCAGCAGACGCUCAGCUGCACGUUCGACCAGAUCCAGUCUUCAACCAUGCAAGAACGCCUGACGUUCGUACAGUAUAUGGAGAGUCAAUGGUUUGGUCCCUUGAACUCUGCCGACCAAUUCCGCGCCAUUGAGGGGGUCAUCACCUUCUUCAUUAGCAAGAAUCUCGGCGCGCCCAAUAGCUGGAUCAGUUAUGUCGACACGGGCAUUGUCGAGGCAAUCCAACGCGGUGGCGCCAUGGCCCUGGGUCUCAGUACAGACACGGGCGGAAAUCCCGGCACUACAUUGUGGAGGGAUUUUUUCAUCGCAAUGCGAGAUGGCACGUUCGCAACACGACAGGACCAUGACUAUGCCUGGGGCGAGGCAGAGGCCACUGCCACUGAGUGGUCAAAAGCAGACAAGGCCGAUGUGCUGGCCUCAGCUCCCGCCACCCAGCAAGAAUUAAACUGGUACGAAUUCACGGUGCUGUUCCGAUGGAUUCUGCGACACGAGCCUGAGACCAUCCUGCUCCUGACGCCCAUUUUCCUGUUUGAGGCCGACAACUUCGUGUAUUGGCUCACAGAUGUGACGAGAUCCGAGCCCACCAUUUGCGGAUCGCAGGCAGCCUGGGCGAUAUCGGGGACGUUCAGCUUCACACUGGAUAGUAUCAUUGAGUUCCCCGAGAACGUCGUCGAUCUGUUGACCGCUAUUUAUGACUGUGGUAGUGACUUUUUUGAGAACUCUUGAGCGGCGCUUAUGCGCGCACUUGCCUCGCAUUGGAGGAGAAUGAAGGGAGAAGUGUUGAAGUCUCAAUUCCAUGCCUUUGUACAUUUACCGUUGAUACCAUAGCUAUGUAAUAAUUUCGCAUAAAAUCGCCG